AUGACUUGGGCCCUUGAAUAUGUGCCACCCGACUCUAUGGCUAUCACCUAUCGUGACAGUCGUUUAUCAGAUGCACAUGGGCCAAAUGUAGCCAUACAGCAGUUAGUUAAGAAUCGUUUGGAUUGUAUUAUUGGAUAUGCUUUCGUAUAUGCUUUAGCACCAGUGGCACGUAUGUGCCCUUAUUGGCAGGAUGAUGACAGUAAUGGUAUUCCUGUUAUCACCCCAAUCGGGUUAACAAUGAACCUCGACAACAAAUUGGAAUACCAAACAUUGACUAGGAUUAGUGGUCCGUAUAAGGUAUGUGCCUUUCUUAUUUCUUGACA